UCAGCUAAAGCAAACGUUUUGUUUUGCAUGCCGCGGAUUGUUUAUUUUGCUAUUGUUGUGCUUUAACAAUUCGAUUUAAUUGAAUUAAAAUGAGUUUUUUUAUAACAGUUGAUAAUAAUCAGUUGAGAGUAAAACAAACAAAAAAUUAAACUAAGCGAAAUAUGAAUGUAACAGUGAUUCAGAUAUGCUACCAACAUACCGGAAAUGAUUCACCAUGCGUUCCAAAAAAUAUAGAACAAAGUGCAUAGUUCACUUCGGUGUAGGCCCAACUAAAACUUAAACCACACUACGGCAAGUGUAUUGAAAUGCCUGAAGUAACCGGGGAAGUGUAUGUGUGUGCUUAAUUACCAUAAUUAAAUAUAAAUAAGAAAAAAAAAACGAUUCUACAAUACAUACAUGAAUAACUAACAAGCUAAUAAAAACAACAACAAAACAAAAAGCGAUGUCAAUUGUAAACAAAUUACAGAUUUGAAAAAAAAGUUUAAGUUGGUACAUACUCGUACAUAUAUUUAUAAAUACGUAUGUAUGAAAGUAUGAAUAGAUGGCAUAUGAGAGGCUAAAGAUCAUUUUGAACACUUGGCUGUCGGUAAUAAAUGUGUCCAAAAAAUAAAAAAAAAAACAAAACUUUAAAUACAGUUUAUUGCAUAUGCAUAGCAUAGCACAACUUAAAACAAUUAAAUUCGGGUCGUAGUUGUUGUUGUUGCUAUACACUAACAAUAAUAGUAAUUGUCAUCCAAACAGCUGCCAGACUGUCAGGCUGUCAUUACACUCGUAAACUCUCAGGAGUAGACGACGAGCAACUAGUACCCGGUGCGUGUUAAAGUGUUAUUGUCUGUCGUUCGUUCGUUUGUCCGCAUUAACCAUAAUAGCAACAACAACAAAUUUACUACAAUGGAUUUUUGUAUGGAAUGCGCCAAGAUUUCUUUCGGCCGAUAAUAAAUAAAUAAAACAUAUACACCAAUCAUCGUUCGAAACCAAACCAAAACGACUUUCAAUUGUGUGCAUGUUUGUUUUUUUUAUUGAGAAUGCAAAAAUGUUGGUCAUAGCAUGCAGGAUAUUUCCCGUGAUGACUUUCAAAUCCUAAAUGGAGGGGAAACAAUCACAACUACCAACAGCAACAAUAUCAGCAGUGCAGCAGACAAGGACAUGUGUCCCACGCUUAUAUCGAGAAUACAGAACACAUCGCCCAUCAAUCCCAAUUCACUGGUAUUGGCCAAACACUUUAAUGCCGUAGAGGAUAAUGCAACUCAUUCAGCAUUUGAUUCGCCAGUUAAACUCGAAGAAACAAGUACCAUAGACCUUUUUCCCACGCAUCCUUCUACGUGGCAACAGCAUCCCAUGAAUAGCCCCGAAUUGGCUCAUCAUCGUUUAUCCGUCCACCACCAUCAUCAUCAUCAUCACCAUCGCCAUAAUCGCUAUGAGCAUCAUGGUAAUAGCAAACUCUUAUUGCAAGGUUCCGACGAUCCUCUUAUUAGCCAUGGAGCCAAUAGUGUUCUAUGUCAUGACGAUGAGCAUCCAGCGGACUUUGCCAAGUGCCUAUUGACUACACAGGAGCAACCGACAUAUGCCACAAGUGCAAGAGCAACAACAACAAUUAUAGCAGCACCGCCAGAGCCGCAACAGAAGCAGGUCAAGAGUGGUUGUAGCAAUCUAACCAAACAACAGCUGAAAGUAAAGGCCAAUUUAAUGAGUGCCAGAAACCAGCAGCAGCAGCAGCAACAGCAACAACAACAGCAGCAACUGCAACAAAGAGAAAAUAAUGCUGCCAGCAGCGACACUGUGGCCAUGCCAACUCCAGUUUCGGCCCAAAAACAACGAUCCUCUGCCACAAAGACAAAGAAGAAACCAAAUAAUUCCAUCAAACUAAGAUUCCAUCAUCAAGCCCUGCCACCCGAAUAUCUCAGUCACUAUGAAGCCACCCAAGGUCAGGCUAGAAAUACGAAACCAAACAAGUCGACGCCAGGUACACAGCGCCCUGUACCCAAACAACCACACAGAAGCUCUCAUGAAAAUGUUCGAAGCUGGUUGCAAAAAAUUGCCGAAAUUCAAAGAACGGCCAAUGCUUCUAAAGCAGAUGAGCAGCUGUCAACAACCUCACAGAUGAGCACACGACAACAAGCUUUGGAUGCCAAUAACAAUCCCCAAAAUCAGCAGAGAAACCAGAGUCAUGCCCCCUCUGCACAGCUCGUUCGCAACAAUGCCGAGGUCGGCAGCAGCACCAGCAGCAGCGUAAAGACCAUUAUCAAGGAGCAGGUUCAUAAAAGAUCCCAUUACUACUCUGACCUUCCGUAUAUGGGCGAAAUCACUUUGGACAAUAGCAAACCUCGCAGAGGACGCAAACCUAAAAAAGCGGACAUAUGUCACUUGAUAUACAAAAAUUAUGGAACCAUACUACCCAAAAGGCGACCUGAACCACAGGACGCUGUAAAUAUUGAAAACAUCGAUCUCAAAUGUUGUUUAGACAACAACAACAAGACAAAGACUGUUUGUGACGAUCAACCUCUGAAUUUGUGCCUACGUGACCAACCCACCGACUCAUAUUCCAUCUCGAGCGCCGACGAUGGGUCUGAUUCGAAUUCAAGUUGUCCCACGCCACCCAUAACAACGCCCUCAGAUUUCGAUAGGGAUUCCAUGCUGGCUAGCAAUCUUCAAAACUCCCUUACAAACCUCAACGAGUUGGACACUGAUACUGCAGCUACUAAACAGGAAAAAGACAUUGCCGCAACAGUCGCAGCCCCAGCGCCAGCGCCAGCCCCAUUACCAUUGGCACACGUAAAACUUAAUGCUGGCGAUGAAUCUGUGCUCAAUCCCAUAACCAUGUACUAUCAGAAGCUACUGGAAAGUGGAGUUCUGUUGCACAAUGCCAAGACUAUACAAAAAGACAAUCAAUUAGCUUUAAAAAUUCCCAUACCCAGUGGCCUUUUUCUACCUCCAAAACUAGAAAAGACAGCCUCUGCUGCCAGUCCAGCACCCUCGAAUGCCAACAGUAGCUCCAUGGGUUUAGAUUAUCCAGAGCCCAUGUCAACGCCCUCCUCAAUAAAGUCUGAAAAUUCAACGGUGACCAAUGCCAGUUCCAGUGCCACAACCCCGAAUGGUACGCAACAACAGCCGCAAACGCCCCAGAAACGCAAACGUUCGGCCAUAUUCAUACCACCUAUGAAUAUUGAGAAUACCUCCAACCCUGCGACCGAGGUCAGCAUAUGUAAAUUCAAAUUCACCGGAGGUUCGAAGCCCACAUUGCAGGAGAAGAAAAUGCUCUCUGUGGAUGCGGGCGGCAACUACCGCUACUUCAGCGGCACCGGCGACAAGACAACAAGAGGCUAUGAAUAUUUUCCCCGAGAAAUGCUACAGACGGCAGGUUUGUUGCCCGGCGUCAAUUGCACUGGACAAAAGCUAUUGAUCGACAUACCACCACCAUCGGCCGGUCUAAGCAAUGAGUUGUUGCAAAUUCCCGAAUCUUCGAAUUCGCCGCUGUUAGCGCCCCAAAGCACUGGCCAAACCAGUGGCACCAAUGGAAGCCUUUUGGCAAUGGCAGCAAACACCAAAACACCACCUCCCAUAUCGCCCACGUCGUCAAACAAUGUGGAUGUCAACCGAAACGAGAAUGUGGCCAACUAUUUCGAGGAAAAUCUUGAAUGUCAUCCAUCGUCAGCCUCCAGUACUAGCAAUCGUUUUAUAAUCUCGCGCAAAAAACAGGCCCUGCACCAGUUGAGGAAGACCACGCAAAGGGAAAAAUUAGAGAAAACCUUUAAGGAGCAGGGAUUUCUGAUACAAACUCAACAACUGGAAUCUGCCGAAGGUGCCACCUAUUGCAAAUUUAGACAAUUGAAGAAAUUUACACGUUAUUUGUUUAGGAAUUGGAAAGACUAUCUGCCCGAUGAACUGCAGGGAAACGGAAAUGCUGCCAACACCACUGUCCUAACCCCCGCCGAAGAAUAUUCGCAUUGUCACAAUGGCCAGGAAAAGGAGGAACCAUUAACAACAUCAACAUCAACAUCGGCCACUGCAAAUGUGUCUAUGUUGGAAAAUGUCAACGUAAUGCCCAGCAAUGGGCGAGAGGGACAUAUUUUGGAAUAGGAGAUACCGCAUUGCGAUUAAACAACUCUAGACUGCAUUCGAAUAUGGGAAAAUGUCAAAAAGGGAAAGAUUUUUGCACUCUUCAAGUUUGCCUUUUCGCCAUGCCAACCAGGGCUUAAAGUUCGGCUGGUCCGAACCACUCACACCUAAAAUUAAAAAGAAAAUUUAAUUUCUAUGAAAAUUUUAUUUCUUUUUUCUAAUUAAUUAAAAAACCACGAAGAGGAAAGGUUCAACAGCAUAUCCGAGUAGGCUAUAGAAAGCUCACAUUAACACAUAACAACAACAGAGCGAAAACUAUUUAAAAUAUGCACCUAGCAAAAGAUAUUCGUAACUGAUUUCGCGUUUUCGUAAUGGACUUUCAAUGGGAAUCGAAUGGAAAUUUUAUUUUCCUUUUAUAUCCUCCCGCAUAGGAUGGUGGUAUACUAAUUUCGUCAUUCUGUUUGUAACUCGUGGCAAUAUUCGUCUAAGACCCCAUAGAGUAUAUCUAUUCUUGAUCGUCAUGACCGUCCGUCCGCCUGUCUGUCGAAAGCACGCCGCUUGAAAUUUCGCACAAAUACUUGUUAUUAGUGUAGGUCGGUUGGGAUUGUAAAUGGGCUAUAACGGUCCAUGUUUUGAUAUAGCUGCCGUAAAAACCGAUCUUGGAUCUUGACUUCUUGAGCCACUAGAGGGCACAAUUCUUAUCCGAUUUCGCAGACAUUUUGCAUGAGGUGUUUUAUUAUGACUUCCAACAACUGUGAUGAGUAUGGUUGAAAUCGCUCCAUAACCGGAUAUGGCUGCCAUAAAAACCUAUCUGGGCUCUUGACUUCUUGAGCGUCUAAAGGGCGCAAUUUUAAUCCGAUUUGGAAGUAUGGUCUGCAAAGUAUGAUCUAAAUCGGUCCAUAAUCUGAUAUAGCUGCCAUAUCAACCGAUCUUGAAACAUGACUUCUUGCGCCACUAGAAGGCGCAAUUCUUAUCCAAUUUGACUAAAAUUUCGCAUGACGUGUUUUGUUAUGACUUUUAAUAACUGUACCAAAUAUGGUUCAAAUCGAUACAUAACCAGAUAUAGCCGCCAUAUAAACCAAUCUGGAAUUUUGACUUCUUGAGCCUCCAGAGGGCGUUAUUAUUAUCCUUAAACAUACGUGUUAAAUAUUGUCGGUCUAUAACCCGAUACAGCUCCCAUAUAAACAGAUCUCCUUUAUUUUACUUCUUGAGCCCCUUAAGGGUGCAAUUCUUACUCGAAUUGUCUGAAAGUUUACACAAUGACUUCCGACAUUCGAAUCAGUUAUGCUCCAUAUCGGACCAUAACUUGAUAUAGCUUCAAUAGCAUAUUAUUUCUUAUCCUUUAACCUUUGUCUGCCUAAGAUGAGGUGUGGCGAAAAGAACUCGACAACUUAUUGUGGAUUCCAAAGGAAAUUUGUCCACAUUACACAUAGACAUUUCCCGUUUUUUUCGCUACUGUUUGAAAAAUUUUAAAACGUAGGCUCAUCCUUAGCAUAAUAACAGCCACCCUUACAAACAUAUUGUGAAGAAAUUUGAUUUGAAUAGACUUUUGAAAGUUAGGCGCGGGCCGACCAAUAAAAAUGUGAUUGGCUGUAAAAAGACAAUGGUAUUGAUAUAUAAAUGACCGUUUUCCUAUGGAGGUUAUUCUCCCAGACCCAGAAAUACGUCUUGACAUCAUUUAGCCAUGUCAAUCUGUAUUCUUUCUGUACCGUUUGUCAGUCUGCCCGUUUUUUUUUGUAAUCAGGGUGAAGAUCGCAUUUGUUAUCCAAUAAUCACGAACUUUUCCAAAAAAAGUUCAUCAAAAUCGGCUCAAUUUUUUGAAGUCUUCCAUCUACUGACUACACAGAAGAAAAAAAUAAAAAU